CGAUUUGGCUGGCCUCCACAUGUUAAUUCAAAUGUUUUAAAACAGUUUUACCAGCGACGCAAAUCCCUAUCCAUCGUUAAUGGAUGCAUAAUGUUUGCUGAUCGUGUUGUCGUUCCAGCUAAUCUUCGUGACCAUGUGCUUCGGCAGCUUCAUAUAUCACAUCCUGGUGUUGGGAGAAUGAAGGCGAUCGCUCGCAGUUAUGUUUACUGGCCCAACAUCGAUGACCAUAUCGAAGACCUCGUUCGCAAGUGUAGUAAAUGUGCUCAAGCAUCAAAGUGUCCACGCAAGACAGAACUAUGUUCCUGGCCACGACCGGACAAACCAUGGUCCCGUGUUCAUGUUGACUUCGCUGGACCGUUCAAUAGUAUGCAUUUCUUAAUAUGUGUCGACGCGUUUUCCAAAUGGCCAGAGAUAUUUCCUAUGCAUUCUGCCACAUCAAUUGCAACAGUGUCCCUCCUACGUCAACUAUUACUGAACGUUUCGUCGACACCUUUAAGCGUGCUUAUGCAAAAGCGAAGGGGGAGGGAACAACAGAAAAAAAUUUGGAUAAAUUCUUGCUGCAUUAUCGUACGAAUGAAAAAGGACAGUUAUGUGGCAGACACACAGAUCACGCUCUAUCCAGUACCACGCAAAGGUCAACUCGACAAAGAAGAGCUCCGAAACCUUUGCAAAUAGAUCCAAAAAGCAAGUCCUACACUCUUUACGGGGGGAGGUGAUAGGAUCCCACAUAUUUUGGUAUUGACUGUUUAAACUUGCAUUUAUGGUAUGUUAUCAUUCUCACGCAUUUUGGUAGUGACUGCUAAUUUUGUAUAUAUGGUAUAUCAUUCCCACACAUUUUGUUACUGACUGUCAAUGUCGCACAUAUGGCAUAUUAUGAUUUCUCACACACUUUGUUAUUGGCUAUUAAGGUCAAUUAUUUCAAAUGCUGUUAGCUGUCCAUAUUGUUGUAAAAUGUAUAAAUACCAUGGCUUUCUUUAUCGUUGUUGCAC